GCUUUUCGCUAGAUCUUGUUUCCGUUAGGGUGAGCAUUCGACUGGAUGCCGCCAAGGUUCACAGCUCUCGGCGACAAGCUGCGGAGGCGGAUCUGGUUGGCCAUCAAUGGCUGUGGUGCCAUCACGGGUUAUGCCUCGCGUUGCCACGAUCCUAUUCUUUUCAACGCCAAGCAUUUAUUGUUGUAUUCUGAUGCAUACCGCCCGGCUAGGGCUAAUGGAAAGGGCCAAAUGACACACGCAGCAUGCCAUGGAACGCGCUUAUCGUGGAGCCCACAUUGCCCUACCGGGAAAGACGAGUUGGCUGAGGUGAAGGCCACCCACGGCGUUUGCCAGACUUACCAUUCUAUCCCGGGGGGACGAGUGCAGAAGACAGAAACGACAAAAUCGAGAAUUCCCAACAGGAACCAUAGCCGAGCGAGUUUUCUUGACGUGAGCACGUGCAGGACCAUUUAGUCGCCGCUCCUACAACAUGUCUACAUCACCACUCCUUUGCCCUGGGGAAAAAACGAACCAUAGGAUCGAUCAUUUGCAUUCAUUAUCGAAGAUCUUAUUGCGGUAGUUGCUCGGAAUGGAUGCCCGCACCACAAGAUACUCGUCCAAUCGAAUAAGCAGGGGUGUUGUGUGUCUCCAUGCGGUUCUGUUUUGCUCUGCUGCUUUUCUGAACUUAUGGGCUCUCCGUCAACUACACACAUGCCCACAGCACACAUUGGUAUCUUGGGAUGGCGGGCAUCAGAAGAGUGCUCUUGACAACUAUCCCCUGGAAGGGCUAGCGACGAAAAGCCUAAUUACAUUCGAUGCUGAUCUCUUCGCUACAUCCAUUUACAAAGGAGAGCCUCGUAAGGAGCUUGAUGAAGCUUGGGAAAAAUUAGUCGAUCACCCUAUGAUACUAGCAGACUAUACAACGUUGCAGACAUUUGAUCCGACAAAAAAACCCACCAAGGGUGUUGAUAAUCACUACUACGCAACGGUCGAAGUUUUCCAUCAUCUUCACUGCUUGGACAUAACUCGAAAGUUCAUUUGGCGAGACCAUUAUCAACAUAUUGAUACUUUUCAGGAUCCACCCGAGAUGGUCUGGGAACACGUUGAUCACUGCAUAGACCUGCUACGACAGGUGCUCAUGUGCAAUAGCGCGACUGGCUUAUUAUUUUACACUGAUCUCGGCAGCCAGGAGCAACCCGAAGCCCGCGUCUCGACAAGUCAUAUGUGUAGGAAUUUCUCACAAAUAUCAGAUUGGGUGUGGGAGCAUGAUUCUGAGCUUGGCGUGUAUGCGGAAAUGUAACAACUGGGUAGAUGGGGUGAGGAGAAAGCUCUUACAAAUAUCAGACUCAAAAUAGGAGUACGAUUCUGAGCAUGGUACGCAACUAUCUGGAAACGUAACAACUAGGGCAUUCAACAGAUGUUAGCCAUUUACUAUUAUGUGUGCAUAGCACUACCUAGUUAAUAUCAAGUGCUUUACCCCAGAAGCCGAAUACC